CUUUCAACUUCAACUUCGACACCUUUAUCGUUCACCGUCCAAUCGUCAACACCUCGCUGCUGUAUUCGACAGCCACAGCCAUGACAGCUCCUUCCUAUUCUCUUCAGCCGUUUAAUGUCGAACAUAGGUGAGGCAUCGAGCCUCAUGAUCUCUUUUCCGCUUAUUAAAGACAGCUCGCUAUGUCGUGGGAUCUACUCCAGCGCUUUAUCGAGAGUGAUGUCUUUAACCAGAAUCCCUUCCUCUCCGUCUCCUAUCUAUCCCGAUAUGCCGACCAUGUCGGAAUCCACUAUGUUUUGUGUUCCAAGCUCCGCCAAUUCCCAUACGAGGAUAUCGAAUUCUUCCUGCCCCAGUUGUGUCACCUUAUAAUAAGCGUCGAUAAUGAGUCUAUGGCAUUGGAGGAGUUUUUGUUAGAUCUUUGCGAGGAAUCCGUCACAGCCGCACUUCUGACGUUUUGGCUUUUCCAAACUUACCUGCGCGACCUCGCUUCGACGCCGCAGUCACAAGCCUUCAAGACAUGUCGGAGAGUUUAUAAUAAGGUACAACAUAUUGUGUUCGGGUUGUCGGACACAGCAAGACAUGAAAAGAUCAAAGAGAACAUUUUGCCUGUCACAGUGCUUGCGAGUUUUGUCUUGGCCAGCGUCGGCCUUCCAAGCUUGCCGCAAUGGGCCGGCCCUCUAGCUGUAGCACAGGCGAGGAAAUCCCAUCCAUCCAUCAACGUCAUAUCCGAAACGAACCAAACGAGCCAGCCAAGCCCUCCGACCCAUAUGUCUAAGGUUACUAGGAGCCAGACUGUCACCGGAAACACAACGAGGUCACGACGGCCCCGUGAACUGGCUCGGAUUGGGAGUAUAUCUGAUUCUAGGCAAUCCGUUUCGUCUCCUAAAAAAUCACCGUAUCCGCAUCCUCAUCCUAGCACUCCCACGCUUGCGAGUCCUGGAGCUGAUGGAGAAGCUACAUUCGAACCACGAAAACCGGGCUAUAUCGACAGUAAAAUGUUAGAAGCUCAUUUAAGCUCGUCAUCUCUUCCUCUUCCCGAGGUAAGAUCACCGAGGGUGAUACGACCUAUAACUCCGCUCUCCGCUGGCCUACCACGUCCGAUGGACACGAUCUCACGCAGGCAUUCUCACCAUGCAAAGACAUCCGCAAGCUUAGCGGAAAUGACCAUGGCUCAGAAAGCGAAGUUGCUUCGGCAAAACUACUUUCAUUGCCAAACAGCAUUCCUAGCGGCGCUCGAGGAUAUAUCUAAUCGACUAGUCAUAGUACCAAAGCCGGCUCGCCUUAGUGCCUUGCGGGCCGAACUUGCACUGAUUGCUAGGGAUUUGCCCGCUGAGCUAGAUAUCCCAAUCAUAUGUCCACCCACUUUGGUAGAUGGCUCGCCGGCAAAGAGUCGUCAUCAUCGUAUCGUAAGGGUAAACCCUGCCGAAGCCACUGUCCUGAAUAGUGCCGAAAAGGUACCAUAUCUGCUUAUGCUCGAGAUCCUUCGGGAUGAUUUCACCUUCGACCCUAGCUCCGGGGAGAAUCAGAGGCUGCUUGGUAAUCUAGUAGCUGAACAAGGGACUCGCAAGCGCCUUUUUGAUUUAUCCGAUUCACAGAAGUCCCAAGCUACCGAGAGAAUUUCUGAGCCCAACUUGGAAAAGAUUGAUAGUGUCUUCGAACCAACUUCGGGGGAUCUAGGAACUUCGCCGAUGCUUAAACCCUUUGACCAUGACGAAACCACGAACAAAAGAAAUGGGAAGCAACCUGCUCACCAUAGGACCAUAACCAACGGCACAGUAAAUGUAUCUACAUCGCUUGACCUAACUCCGUCGCGUACUUCGCCGACAUCGACGUCCAGGUCGAGCAGUCCAGGGGCACUGAGAAGAAUAACGUUGUCGAACCAGCGUAACACGUCUGGCGAUCAACCGCCCGACUUCUCGGCUCUGGCAACGCAUAUGCGAACAGCAUCACAAAUGUUGGCUCAACUUGAUGCCACCAGCGGUAAACGGCCUCGUCAAGAAGUGGCAGCUAUUAGAUCAAAGAUUAUCGCAAGCAUGCAAAGUCUCGAAGAACAAAGCUUCGACCUCGACGAUGGCCAAGGUCCUACAUUCGAUUUAAUUAUGGCCAAGGCCAGUGCUAGCGCGGCCAGUGCAGCUAGUGCGGCGUCUUCGCCCCCUGAAGGUUCCGACUUAGAUGAAGAACUCGACCCGACGAGUAACUCAAGCGCCGGUGCCGCUCGGAUGGAGAACGACGCAAUGACGGGCGGGGUGCAGAGAAAGGGCGAUCGUGACGACCCUAGUGCUGCUGUAUUUGGAGAAGCGUGGAACAUGAAGAAAGAGCGGAUACGCAAGACCUCGCCGUACGGGUGGAUGAAGAAUUGGGACUUGGUCAGUGUGAUCGUCAAGACUGGAGCCGAUCUUCGGCAGGAGGCAUUUGCUUGUCAACUUAUUCAGGUCUGCCAUAAGAUCUGGGUCGAUGCCGGCGUUCCUGUAUGGGUGAAGCUGAUGCGAAUUUUGGUCACCGGAGAAUCAUCAGGCCUCAUCGAAACGAUUACAAACGGCGUCUCCCUACAUUCGCUAAAGCGAAGUUUAACUAUAGCAUCGAUUGAGUCAGGGGUAAACCCACGACGUCGAUUUGCGACAUUGAAGGAUCAUUGGGUGAAAACAUUUGGCAAGCCGGAUAGCGAGCCAUACAAGGCGGCGGUAGACGCUUUUAAGCGAUCCCUUGCGGCAUACAGCAUCAUCUCGUACAUAUUACAAUUGAAGGAUCGGCACAACGGCAAUGUGCUCAUCGAUAAUGAGGGACAUAUCAUCCACAUUGAUUUUGGAUUCAUGCUUUCAAAUUCUCCCGGAUCGGUUGGAUUUGAAGCGGCUCCUUUUAAGCUGACUUGGGAGUACGUGGACGUGUUGGGCGGUGUUGAUUCUCCAGAUUUUGAGGAUUUCAAGACAUUAUGCAAGCAAGCUUUCCAAGCACUUCGUCGAUCGGCCGACAACAUCGUCGAUCUAGUCAGCAUGAUGGGACUGGACUCGAAAAUGCCCUGCUACUCGGCGGGCGUGACGCAGGCUACGGCGACGCUGCGGCAGCGCUUCCAGUUGCAUCUCAGCGCGGACGCGGCGGAGAGCUUCGUGGAGACGGACCUCAUCACGAAGUCCCUCGGCAGCUACUACACACGACUUUAUGAUACUUUCCAGUACCGCACCCAGGGUAUAUAUUAAACGCGCGUAUGCGUUGAUGCGUAGAAGUGUGGCUUGUGGGGGAGGGGGAGGGAGGUGGUAGCAUCUUGUCUUGGCAUUUUGGCGGCGUUGUGGGGGAUAGAUUUGGUGAGAGAGAGACAGAGAGAGAGGGAGGAAGGGAGAGAUUUGGACUAUUCGAGCCCCGCACAGGACACUGUUGUUUUAGUUGAGAUGGCUGACAAGGCGACUAACCGAAACCCGUAUAUAUAGAUGAGCUGUUGUUGGUAUUGUUGGGGCUGUUGUCGCUACUAGCGCUCGUCGUUGUUGAUCUGGAAGGGUAGGGGAGAGGAGGUGGAAAUGAAAGGAAGCGAAGGCAUGCUGUUGUUAGGUAUGUAGGGGUCAGGACACGUCUUAGGUACGCGGGAUGGGUGUUUGUUAUACGCUCGUCUGGUGUCGAAGACUCAACUUAUAGGUGUUCUCCCGGCUAUCUAUAGGGUUAUAUAGUAGUUAUCGACUAUCUUCGAACUCAA